AUGAAGGAGAACAAAUGCAAGGUAAGAGUAUAAUUAAAAUUAUGUUUAUUAUGAGUAUAUCUUUGCAUGUAAACAGAGAAUCAAAUUAAUUUUUAGAUAGAUAAAAGCUCAAAUGGACAGAUAGUUCUCAUUUUUUAAAUCUAGGGUUAAAACACUGGCAAAAUGUAUUUGAAUAUGACCCACAUGUAUGCGUGGAUUAUUCAUCAUAUGCAUUGUGCACAUACAUCAUUAUAACCUGUUUUGUUGUAUUACACACUACUUUUUUAUUUUACUCUGUCUAACACCAGAUUGUUUUUAUUAACAAUGGGAGAGUCAUAGCAUAUGGCAUUCAAUGGAUUAAAAACAACCUCUCGCUCAGUAUCAAUUAUGAUAAAAAAAAGCAAUUUAUGGGUUUAUAAUUGUUUACUUAUAUGUAGAAUACAAUGGAAAACAGUUCUCCAAUAAGGAUGUACAAUGUGAGUAAUACAGUUAUUAAUAUUUCUCAGUCAUAAUUAAUAACAAGUACUAGAUAAUAUUUUGCCAUUGGCAGUUCAUAAGUUUGCUACAAAGUAUAAAACAGUGUGACUUCAUGACUAGCAUAAAUAAAAAACACAGCCCUUACAGUUUGCAGGGUUUUUUUCUUCUUUUAUUCAAUACUUGAUUGUAUGAUUUUUAGGUGGUUCCAGCAUAUAUUUCUUGGUAGAAAGAGGCAUUCAAUGUGAGUGUUUUUAAAAAAAUGAAACUUUUUUUACUCUUCCUAAUGCCAGAUAAUUUUACUCCUAAAGGGGAUAGAGUGCUUUUGUCCAAUGGGUUAAGUAGCAAUGUGCCCUGAUGCAUAUACUCUAUUAUUUUCCUCUAAUGCUAGACAAUUUUACUGUUAUGUGUCAUUAAAGGAAGAGUUCUACAGCUUAUUAUUUUAAGCCAUCAACACAAAAUACAAACAAGAAGACGGUUCAGAAACAUUAACACAGUGUUAGCCAAUUACAUUAUAGUGACCAACCUUUUAAUAAUAUAUUCUUUUUACAGGCAAUCUUGAUGCUGAAGGAGACAAAGCCAACGUCUACCACACCAUCAGUUGCAACAAGUCCACCAACUGGAGGAGAUAAGCCAACAUCUGUCCCUCCACCAGUCGUAACAAGCCCACCAGCUGAAUUUGAAAAGCCAACAUCUAUCCUGCCAACGAUUGGAACAAGCCCACCUGCUGAAUUUGAAAAGCCAACAUCUAUCCUGCCAACGAUUGGAACAAGCCCACCUGCUGAAUUUGAAAAGCCAACAUCUAUCCUGCCAACGAUUGCAACAAGCCCACCUGCUGAAUUUCAAAAGCCAAGAUCUAUCCUGCCAACGAUUGCAAGAAGCCCACGUGCUGAAUUUGAAAAGCCAACAUCUAUCUUGCCAACGAUUGCAACAAGCCCACCUGCUGAAUUUCAAAAGCCAAGAUCUAUCCUGCCAACGAUUGCAACAAGCCCACCUGCUGAAUUUGAAAAGCCAACAUCUAUCCUGCCAACGAUUGCAACAAGCCCACCUGCUGAAUUUGAAAAGCCAACAUCUAUCCUGCCAACGAUUGCAACAAGCCCACCUGCUGAAUUUCAAAAGCCAAGAUCUAUCCUGCCAACGAUUGCAACAAGCCCACCAGCUGAAUUUGAAAAGCCAACAUCUAUCUUGCCAAUGAUUGCAACAAGCCCACCUGCUGAAGCUGCACCAUUUGUAACAAAUACAACUGAAGUAGCCAAGCCAACAUCUACAUGUAUCCCACCAUCAAUUACAACAAGCACACCUGUUGAAGGAUACAAGCCAACAACAGAUACUCAAACAACAGAUACUCCAACAACAGAUACUCCCUCAUCCGACAAUAUUAUCCCAUACCUGUGUUAAAAGCAGCUUUCUGAUUGGUUUAGAGCAGGUGAGCUUGUCGUCGAGCUCACCUGCUUUUUUCGAACUCACCUGCUUUUUUCGAACUGACCUGCUUUUCGCCCGAACUCACCCGCUAAACUGCUUACGUUGCAAUAACAAUAACAAAUAUGGCGGACAAGAUUUAGCCGAUAAACCUAAACUUUAAAGAACUUUUCAGUGACUAACAUACUGAGACUGAAGAAAAACCAAAGAAAAAAUGCAGUAAAGGUAAUGUAGACGUAGAUAAAGAAGUAUUUUCUUGCCCAGUGAUUUUUUGGCCGGGAAAAUGUUCACAAAAUAUCGGCGAAUAUAUCGCGAAGAGCUACAAAUGUGUGUAUGGCUAGGUGUAUGGGAUAAAAACCAAACGUACUUGCAGGUUCGGUGAGUCCGGGAUUGGACGCACCUCGGGUGGCUGGAAGUUUCCCGAACUCACCUCGCUUCGCUCGGUAAGUUCGGGAAACUUCCAGGCACCCUCGGUGCGUCGAAUCCCGGACUCACCUCCCUGCAAGUACGUUUGUUAUAAAGCUAGAAGAAAGAGAAAGACUACCAAUUUAAAAGAUUCUCUUUCGAAGAAUGAACAUGUUACCAGCAAGCUAAGGAAGCGUUGAUAACAAUGUUUUAUAAACAUUAUCUUCUUAUAGCAUUUCAAAAGUGUAAGUACUAUAUUACUAUCGUUCCAAUUGAAGUGUUCCUCAAAUAUUGAUUCAAUACAUUACCUCAGGCUGACCAAUUAAUUUCAUCAAGUUCCUCGAGAUAUUUGUACACUUACUGUGAAAGAGCCAAUUCCAAGUAUUUGAUCAUUUCUGGUCACUUCCUUUCUAUUUAUGAUUGGUUAGUUGCACAAACAACAAAAAUGAUUGGUGCAUUCAAACUAUUCAACAGGAAGUUUACAAUUAUACUACUGUAGGAAGUGUAUAUAUAUAUUUAAUAUUUUGAGGAACUUGAUCAAAUGCAUUUGUCAGCCCAAGGUAAUGUAUUGAAUCAAUAUUUGAGGAACACUUCAAUUGGAAUGACAGUAACAUUCUGGUUUCCAUUCAUUUUGUUCAUAUACAAAAAAAUUGAGGCUUUGUAUAUAAAAGACAAGUUACCAUAACAAACAUCAAACAUUACUGGAUACUAUAGACAGCAUAUUUUAUGUACCUGUUACCUCCAUCCUCAUACAACUUCAACUUCAUUUGUUUGAAAAAGGGUGAAUGUAAAAGACGGACAUCAAUGUAUGCUGUCUUGAAAAAACAGCAUUGCACUAUUAUGGUUUAUUACUAUUUAUCAAGUUUUCUACUAUUGUAUAAAAAGUACAUAAUCUUUCAUUUAGGCUGGUGCUCUAGUACAAACUGAUAUGUACCUCUUAUUAACCAACUUAACCAACAAAGACUAUCCAAGAAACAAUAACACGAGACCUGGCACAUGGCAGGAAGCUGUUACGGCUCUGCGCUGUGAAAUGGCUACCAACCCCACAAUUGUCUCUUCAGCUCAUUUGUUUUGA